AUGGCUGGAUUGAACGACAAUCCGUUCGGUGAGCCGGAAAUCGACAAUCCGUUUGCGGAUCCCUCGAUACAGCAGAUCACAAGAAACACAACCAGCUUGCAACAGACCCUAGAUGACUACCGACCGUUCGAUAACGAUCGGAAUGUGCUGGGUAAUGGCAGUGGGGGUAACCAACCGGCUACUCUUCAUCCGUCCACACAGUCCCCACCAGUGUACAACCAAAGUGGAGCUCAGUUUCAAACCAAUAGCAAUGGUGCAAUGGCCGCGAGCGGAUCAAGCAAACCUGACGGAAUGACACAAAUCUCCACCGCGGAGCUCGAGAAUCUUCGGCGUGCUCAGGAAGAGCUGGAACGCAAAACGCGCGAACUGGAACGCCGGGAAGCGAAUAUGAUGCGCAGCACCAAUGGGCAGCCGAACAAUUGGCCUCCGUUGCCGUCGUUCUGUCCGAUGCAGCCAUGCUUCUAUCAUGACAUCAGCCUCGACAUUCCGUCCGAGUUCCAGAGGACGGUCACCCGACUGUAUAAGUUGUGGAUGUUCUAUGCGCUCGUGAUGGUGAUAAACAUCCUCGGCGGGAUGGUGAUAAUGAUCCAUUCCGGUGAAGCGCGUACAUUCUUGUUAAGCAUCUUCUAUGCAGUACUGUUUACACCGGCAUCGUUCAUGUGCUGGUAUCGCCCAGCGUACAAGGCCUUUAAGACGGAUUCGAGUUUCAACUUCAUGAUGUUCUUCUUCAUCUUCUCCUUCCAAGCGCUCGUAACCACCAUACAAACGAUCGGCAUUCCUGGUUCGGGCACGUGCGGUGUCAUCAUGGCCGUAACACAGUUCAGCUCGGGUUGGGGUGUCGUGGUGGGUCUGUUUCUGAUGUGCAUAGCGCUAGCCUACGGUACCUGUGCUGUUGGAAACAUAUUUAUGCUCACGAAGAUCCAUCAAAUUUACCGUUCGGGUGACAAAAUCACGAUGGGCAAAGCACGCGAAGAAUUCCAGAGCCAGUUUAUGAGCAACUCGAUCGUGCGUGAUGCAGCAGCCGGUGCGGCCCGUGCCUCCGUACAGAGCACCUUGAACAGGUACUAG